AAGAAGGCUUGCUCAAUGUUUUAUCCUACAGUUCGCAAAGCUCUGAAUAUAAAAUUGCACAUUAGCCGAAAAGUCAAUAGCUGAGAGUAGUGUCAGUCAGCUCAAUUAUAACUCAACAUGUGAAUGUGUGACGUUUCCACAGAACUUGCAGAAUAUUUUUUUUACCUCAGUGUAUGUUUCACCUACUGUUGGGGAACGUUGUAAAUUACCAAGCCCUCUCAUUUACGAGGAUUUUCCACACAAUGGAUUUUUCUGCCAUUCAGUCAAUGUUCCAGCUUAAGUAACAGACACAGAGAAGCUCGUGUUUCAUCUCACUCUGCUUACUAUUGAGUCUUUAAUCUAAAUGGACGAUUUCGAAACUUUGUAAAACUUUUUGUUCUCUCUGAUUUACUAUUGUAUGCACGUUGCACGGUGUUGAGCUUCUCUGUUGUCAGCAAGACAGUUGCAGUGUGGUGGGUGGUGUGAAACCUGCAGAUGCAUUUUAAGCUAACAAUGGACAUGAUUCAAAUAACAGAUAAGACAAAGCGAACCGUUGAAUCAAAGUUUCUGCAAAGCUGUAAAUCAAAUGUCACGAUUUAUUUGGUGACGAUCUGCUGCUGAAAUUACUCACUACUAAAUAACUACAGAUACUCUCCUCUUGUGAAGUUGUUGACGUAAAGCAGGAUGAAAAGAAUAAUUGAACUCGUACUCGUUGUCAUCCUUCGCAAUGCUGACUUGAAGUAAACCCAGCACCACCUUCGAUUCGUCCCAUGAUUGUCCCAUUAAUUCAAUGAAAUGCAAUACGUGUGAAGAAGAUUGCAAGGCGAGAGAGCCAAGGGUCGUGCCGAGAUGUUUCUCAUCUUCCCAAAUUAUAACAACCUGCUGCUGACAAAGCAAGUUUUCGCUCUCGUCCUGUCAUACUUCUCGGGAUUAUCUGUCUCCGUGAUAAUCUGAAUUGAAGGAAAAGUAGAUUUGAUUCUGUCUGGCUGCGUGGACUUUGGUCCGAACGGGCUUCACACUUUUUCAACAAAGGAUAAAAUUUGGGUCAGGACGUGUACGGAUCUAGUCGAGAGCCAUACUUUUCCACUUUUCACACUACUGUGAAGAGGAGGAAAUCCAGGAAAUCGGCCCAGAGAUCAAAGAAGAACCCACAUGAAAUGAUAGGCAUACAAGCCUAGUUUUCGGAUAAAACUACAUUUUUCGAGUUAUUUUUAUCCGCCCAAGACUUUCGGUGUAAAAAGGAUAAAGAACCGUUCGGGUUCCAGUUCAUUGAGUGUUUCACAAAACAGGAAAAAUGGGCAGAAAUGUUCGACUUGUACAUAAAUUCAUAAAGUUCCUACUAAAUACUAAGAUGUUUUACGACUUCAAAAUAAAUAGUUUUUAACACUGUUGAUUUUCAAAGUAAUCAUAAAAUUAACCCAUACUGGAAAGUUAGACGUGAAAAAUUCCAGAUUGUCAAAUCGUGUCAAAUAUCUAUAACUAAUUUCGCAAUGUCCGGAAUAUCAGGAAAUGGUGGGAAGAUGAGCUUGCCAAUGAACUUGAUGUUUGAAAGUUUGCUAAAACUUGACCCAAUUCUGAGUGGAAUAUCCUCGCAAAUGGGUCCGAUUUGUGAGGAAAGCAGCACAGGAGAAUGGGGCAAUGGAAGUGUGCGAGUGAGUGAAAGUAGGAAAUUGUUCAAGAAGAAUAGCAGUCUGAGGAGGUUCAACUCUGGCAUAUCCACCACCCUGCCAACUCGGGGUCUUCGCAGCCCCAGCCUAAGCCUCAAUUUCGAGGAGAUUUCCCAUGACAAAGUGCUGCAACACAACAUCAACUCGGGGCGUUUUGAAAGAUCGGGUAGCUCAAAAUCCUAUGCAAAAAACCGGAGGAGCCCUCUUUCUCGACUUUGGCAAAUGAGGAGAAAGUCUUUCAGCCACUGCGAGUUUGAGCUUUCUCCCACGAAUGAUACCACCAAGGAACUUUCCUCUCCAAGCAGUGCUGCCAAUGGGAGAGCGUGUCCAUCGUUUUUUGACGUGGACGCAGCCACGGCCGGUGUCUUCGGCUUCUUCAGCUUCCUCGACGAAGACCACUGGGAAGCAGGGGACGACGUCUUCGGAGCCAGACAGCGUGUACAGCACGGUACACUCCCAAAGUCCAAAAGUUCGUCUCGCCUGUGCGGCCAUGAUAACAGCCAACGAGUGAGUUCUAACAGUUCGGAUGAUUACGGUUUCCUGCGUCCAAGAGCACGGAGCAAGUCCUUGGUGGAAUCAAACUCGCUUAUAUUUGAUCUAGAUGAUAAAAACAUCAGACGACGGGGGAAGAUUAACACAGCAACAUCAGACUUUGAUGAUGAAGACGAUGAGCUAUUUAAUGCCGGAUCCUUCGUACGAAGCAAUGCGAAUCCAGGACCAGGAUUGUCGGGAAGUAAGCGAUCAUCAAAUUUAAGGCGAAGGAAGGCCUGCUAUCGGGAUAAAAGAUCCGAGGGUCGAUCACGAAGCCUGACCCAGAUCCAUCACUUGGACUCUGGUUUGGGGAUGAGUAAGCAGGAUAUGGACUGUAAAUCAGAGCCUGGACAUCCAAAUGACCAGGCCGGAGUUCUACUGGUCCCACCACCAGCGGAAAGCUCUUCCCAAAAGUCACCUUUACAACAAUCCAAGCGGGGAAAAAACCGAUUUUUCAGUGCCUCCGCGGAAGACACGACCUUUGGUGGCUCGACCAACUCCAACCUGUCUCCGGCUGGUCCAAAUUCAAAUUCUCAAGACGCUUCUCAAACCAACGCGAGCUCCGCAAACACCCCGACUGCUGGUCCUGGAUCCGCACCUGUUUCCGCAGCCAAGAAGAGAUCACUGCUGUCUUUGUCAUCCCCAAAAUACUAUCAACGUCAAUCUCGACAUCCAUCGGGAGUUAUCUCUCACGAGGGGAGUCUCAAAGUAAAAAAUGCGACAAAGCAACAUCGGUGGAGCAGUCUCUUUACCACCUCUGUCAAGGAGAGUUCCAAGAUUGAGGCGCUAUCUGAUCAUCUGGAUAACUACGAGAAAUAUGGUAUUCCAAGGCCUAACGCAAUCCUCUGUGAUAAGGACGAAUUAGAAUCCAUAAACUCUUUGGAGGCGGAUUGGAGACCAAUUGUAGAGCGCUGGGGAGAUCUCACAUACCGAGCAAAACAACAGCAGUCUGCUAUUUGGGAACUCGUUGAAUCGGAAGUGUUGUAUCUGAAAACUCUCGAACUCCUAACUGAUCUCUUUCUGGCCUGUCUUUACAACCUCCAGUCCGCAAAUAUCCUAAACGAGAUUGAUCGAGAUAAGAUUUUUGCUAACAUUCCAGAAAUUUACAAAGCUAACAAAACCCUUUGGCUAGAAUGCCUAUGGCCUAUGGUACAAAUAGCGCGUGAUACUAGAAAACCUUUGAAUUCCUCGGAGCUUCAUAGUGGAUUUCAUCAGUUUGCCGUGAUAUGCAAACCCUACAUUCAGUAUUGUUUGGAGCAACCUAUAAGUCAAGAAUAUUGUCGCGCAAAUGACCAAAGGAAUCCAUUAUUCAAAGUGUAUCUUGCUUGGUGUGAAGCUCGUCCUGAGUGCAACCGAGAACGACUGACAGAUAUAUUGGUUCGCCCACUCCAAAGGAUGACAAAAUAUAGCCUUCUGCUGGGAGCUAUUUUAAAAUACACUGAUGACCCAGGAGAGCGGCUUUGCCUCGAGGAAAUGAUUGACCACGUGGAGAGAUUUGUUAUGAGCGUGAAUGCAGCAUUAAGAAACCAACAAGAAUCUGAAAGGUUGCAAGGUAUCAUGGACAAAAUGGAGUUCUAUGACGUUGUAGAUACAAAAGACGAAGAGCUUGAGCUAGUCAUCAAGUCGCACUCUAGACUAAACUUAUUCGAGCCAAUGCCAAGUUGUGGAUCUGUGAAGAGAUGGUUGAUUUUUGAGAGCGAUAUGAGAUUACGAGAUUCUUUCAGUUCUAAGAUUGACGUGCGUUGUUUCCUCUUCACCGAUAUGCUUCUCAUAUGCAAGCAAACGACGAGACAGGGGGAUAAGCUAAAAAUCAUUCGACAGCCCUACAUGGUGGACAAAUUAGUUGCAAGAGAGUACAAUAAGGACCCAUGUUCAUUCGGCCUCGUUUAUCUAAAUGAAUAUGGUACAGCUAUUGCCGCACUGGCGCUUCAUGGUCGUGAUAAUAAACUAGUCAAACAAUGGCUGGAGCAUAUCAAGAAGGCAACCAAACUGUAUUUGGAAGCCAAGGCAAAAACAGACGAAAACCUUGAAUUUCCUCUCACCGGAGCUCACUUAAUCGGAGAGUUGCCAGAUACGGACGCUGGAAUAGAGCUGGAGGACGAAGAAAAUAGCAGUGCUGGAUUGAUAUAUUUGCCACCACAAAACAUGAGUAGUCGUGCCAGCCAGAUGUCAAGCUUACUGCAUUCACAUUCUGGGUCUAUCGAAAUGAACGAAACUUCCCUUAUUUCAAGUCGGGCAAGGAGUUUUGAACAAGAACUCAGAGGUUCUAGUCUCAGUUCGGAGGAGGGAACAAAUGGAAAUGAUCCCAGUUCUACAGGGGCCACAGGGAAUUUAAGCUCCGCUAGGUCGCUUAGUGUAGAAACAGGACCUCAGCUCAGGCCCGUUUCACCGCGACAUGAUCGCAGGAGAUUGUUCAUAUCGAAAUCCCCAAGUCCCAACUCUCUCUCAGUUCAAAUUCCGGUUCCAAAUAUCCUUGGCCAGUCCUUACCUAAUUUGAACGCUUCACCUCCACAACCUCAGUCUCUUACGGUGCCCAAAUGUUCACUAAGUCCUACUCACCGUGGAAUCUCGUAUCCUCCUCCUUCACCUCGGGGACUUCGACGUUCACAAGCACUCCUAUCGUCCCUGAAUCCACCUUUGACAAAAGUUAAACAAGUUGGAUGUAUAAGUCCGGAAAAGUCACCCGUCACACCCACUGCCGUGGUUGAGAUUAAAGACCCGAUUCCUCCAAGCAAUGACGUUUCACCUUCAGUACCACCAGAAGACUGUUUCAACAGACGUGGUCCCAGGAGCCCCACUCUUGCACAACGUAAAAUGGUUUCUGCCACUGCUGCUGCCGCUAUUGCGAAUGAAAAUUCGGUAAAAAUACUUCAUAGCAACCCUGACACUGGUGUACACCUUGGGGGCGACGUGGGCGAAAACUGCAACAUGGCACGAAGACUAGCUAGAAAUGAAAGAAUGGACAAUAAACGAUAUUACACGGCUGGUGUCAUUGAAGAUAUAAAGAAGGAGAAUACCAGAGAGAAGGACUCUGCAAUACAAAAACGACUUUCCUGGAACCACGGUCCCCAAACCCAAUUGCAGUCUGAACAGAGCAAAUUGGCAGCUGAGUUUAACCGAAAGUUCUUUAGUUCGGAAAGCAUGAGUAGCAUUCGUAGCUCUUCUGGAGUUUCUUCCACAAGUUCCCUUUCGCAUUGUAGCGACGUGGACACACCUCGAGAAGUGGGCGAGAUUGGAUUCGGAUUCCCAAGAAGGGGAGGAUCUAGCAGUUCCACAGCGGUCAACCCCAGGACGCUUCCGGACGUUCUGAUUGCCGUCAGUGAACCAGAGGAACGUGGUGGAGGUCCGGCAAAUAAAUGUUUCAUCGAGCCAUCCAGCGGUAGUUCACAACGGCUGAACAACUCCCCAGCUAACCAACGACGACUUAUUGGUAGUCUGCGGACUUCCAGUGCGGAAGAUGAUCAUAAUGUUCCCUCAGAGGAUGAAGAAUUCGAUUCACUUGCAUAUCAAAGGGCAACUGGUUCUAUUAAGAUUCGCAAGAACAAAGUGGACAUGCAGCAGGGACAAAGCAAAUCAUUUAACUAUGAAGAUCAGAAGAGUGUAAAUCCGACACCAACAACUGCAUUCUCAUCGACAAAACCCAUGGAAGGGGAAGGUUCCAAGAAACCAAAAGAUUUGCUUAACCGUUUGCUAACUGAUGGAUCACUAGAAUCAUCGUAGUGAUGUAUGACCAAAUGACGCCACCUCUGAAGCCCCUUAUACUUGUGACAAAAUACAUGCAUAAUCAUCACUUACGAGAGCUCUGAAUCGGCAUUGUCAACAUUCGAGAUCAUGUUGACUAUAUACUUUAAAAUUACAGAAUGGACGAAAAGCUUUAAGAAUUAUAAUUGUGUAUAACUUUAUAAAUAGGACAUUAAUAUUAGAACAUACAACUAUAAGACAUAUUUAGAACCGUAUUAUUCUCGCCCUCGAACCAAAUGGUGCUAUUCAAUAUAUGCAUUGCUUAAAUGGUUAACAUGGGUAUCAAAGAGUAUUAGAUUUUUAUCAAAAAUUAUAAUAAUUAUUCUAUUUAACGGUAUAAUAAAUGUGAUGAAAUUUUUAAAAAAUC